UUUUUUCGAAAUCAAUCAAUACAAAAUGAGAAAGAAAGUUGAAAGAAAUUACGUCAAUGUGAGCUAUUUUUCCGUUACGAAAUGAAUGUCGCCUUAUUAAACAUUCGAUUUGAAAUCAGUGAUGAUUCAGAUUACAUUAGUUAUAUGCCAUACAAAGCAAAAGGUUUAAGUUUGACAAAGGCAAGCUACUCAAGUGUGCUAAGUGAAGACAAGCUUUCAGUAUCUACACAAGAUUUCCUGGACCAAGUGAGAGGACAGAGGAAACUUCAGGAUAUUUGUAUUGAAACAUACUUUGAGAAAGAUUACGAUAUCAAAGUAAUUGAGCAGUUUGUGCAGACAACGUCAAUGAGUAGCCCAGUAAAGGCUGCCGAGGCCUGCAGAGAUGUUCAUGAAAAGCCGUCUACUUCUGAAACACUGCUGACUGGUGCAGCAAGUUCCCUAAGCAAGGAGUUGCCAGAGAAAGACGUGCAUGUGAAGAAAGCACAUGUAAAAGGAGCUGUUGAAAAGAGGAAGCAGCCAUCGCUGGAGAAGAAGCUUAGUCUGUCAGAAAGAGAUGAUAGUGAAGUAGUUGCAGCACUGAAGAAAGGUCAUAUUAGUGGGUCAAUAGAAGCAGAUGGCGUAGUGCGUCCAAAAUCCCAGAGUCCACCUCCCAAAGGGGUCAGCCUGCUGCAGUUCUAUUCUGGCAACCCUAUGGUGGAGAAGGUGAAAGGGAUCUUGCAUAUUUACAAGGAUAAUCACAUGACCUCAUUAGCUGCUGAUGUUCCCCGCAGUGAGUUGAUCUGCAUGCUGGCUGUACCAGCCAAAUACACAAUACAUGAUCUACUGGAGUUCAAUGCCCAAUGCAUUAAAGGCAUAGAGUACAUGAGGAUCAUCAGAGAUAGCACCCCCAACCAAUACAUGGUGCUCAUCAAGUUUAGAGAUCAGGCAAUGGCUGAUGAGUACUAUGAUGCCUACAACAACACGCUGUUCAACAGUAUAGAGACUGACGUGUGCCACCUGGUGUAUGUAGGACAGGUGGAGAUGCUGAAGGAGUCUGAGAACGCGUGUAUGGCUAUACCUGGGAUGACAGAGCUGCCCAACUGCCCCGUCUGCCUGGAGAGAAUGGAAGAAUCUGUUGCUGGAAUUCUGACUAUAUUGUGCAAUCAUUCGUUCCAUGUUGACUGCCUCCACCAGUGGUUUGAUACCAGCUGCCCUGUGUGCCGCUACUGUCAGACCCCAGAGGAGGUGGCAGACAACCGCUGUAUGAAAUGUGGAUCACAUGAGAGUUUGUGGAUUUGCCUAAUAUGUGGAAACAUUGGCUGUGGUCGAUAUGUUGGUCUCCAUGCAUACAGGCAUUUUCAAGAGACCCAGCACACCUAUGCUAUGGAGCUUGGAAACAACAAGGUCUGGGACUACAUAGGGGAUAACUAUGUGCACAGACUGGUUCAGAACAAGUCUGAUGGCAAACUGGUGCAAGUCGACGAAGGCGGGAACCCAGUUCGGGAUGAGAAAGUAGACUCUCUAAACCUGGAGUACACAUACCUGCUGACAAAUCAGUUGGAGUCACAGAGGCUGUACUUUGAGGAGAAAAUGAAUGAGGUGGAGCGAACAAUUCUUGAAAAGGUACAUGUGUUGGAGGAGGAGAAAAUGAAUCUCACCAAAGAAUGCAGCCAUUUCCAUGCGGAGUUGGAAUUAGCAAACAAGGAGAAACAGCAAUCUGAGAAGAAAUGUGUCCAGUUGCAGUCUCGUAUGAAGAAGAUUCUGACAGAUCUGCAGGAGGAGAGAGAGAUGAACAAGAGUCUUCAGAGGAACCAGGACGAGUGGAAACACCGGGUCCUGCUCCUUGAAGAGCAAAUGAAUGGCUUAAUAGCUACCAAAAACAAGGAGACUGAAGACCUCCGUGAGCAGCUCCGGGAUGUGAUGUUCUAUGUGGAGGCCCAGGGCAAGCUCCAGAAUGCGGAGGGGGUCACCCAGGAGGAGAUACAUGAGGGCCACGUGAUACUGGGAGCAUCUGGAACCUUACAACCCAAACAUACAAGACGGAAAAAACAGAGAUGAAUAGCAAAGCAAAUGUGUUAAUGUAUUUAAGUAUUUGCUUUCAAGCUCAGUUGCACUUAAGCGAGUGCUUUGGACCAUAACUGUCCUCUUGUUAUUGUACUUUUAUUGUUGAGUGGUAACUAAAUUAACGCAUAAAGUAAAGUUUGUUAUUUCCUUUUUGUUACAAACGUGUCUUGGAUGAGUUCGAAAAUGGUUAUGUUUGCUUGAAAAACAUGGCUGCCAAGGGGCAGGGCAUUUUUAGGAAUAGAUUUUUUUUUUAAACAAACUUACAAAGGGGGUUAAUUUUGUUUGUUCAUUUCAAAAGUUCAGUUUGAGUUUUCUCCCUUUAUCAGAUUUUUUUUUCACAAUGAAAACCUGGUUUUGUGACAAUUUUUUCCCUUGUUCCUUAUAUGGCUAUAUAUGCCUAUAGUAAAAUCUUGUUAACACUCUAGAGGCCACAUUUACUGUCCGAUCUUCAUGAAACUUGUUCAGAAGAUUCAUCCCAAUAAUAUUUUGGACGAGUUUAAAAAUGAUGCCGGUUGGUUGAAAAACAUGGCCGUCAGGGGGCGGAGCAUUUUUCCUUAUAUGGCUCUAGUACAUGUAAAACCUUGUAAACACUCUAGAGGCCACAUUUAUUUUCCGAUCUUCAUGAAACUUGGUCAGAAGAUUUGUCCCAAUAAUAUCUUGGAUGAGUUGGAAAAUGGUUUUGGUUGGCAUUUUUGUACGCCCGUUUUUAAAAAAACAAGACGUAUUAUAGUUUCACCUUGGCGGCGGGCGGGUGGUUGGGCGGGCGGCUGGGCACUGUCCAUAGCAGUGUCCGCUCUCUAAUUCAAAUAGUUUUUUAACGAUCUUCACCAAACUUGGUCAGAAGUUGUAUCUAGACAAUAUCUAGGUGAAGUUUGAAUAUGGGUCAUGCCAGGUCAAAAACUAGGUCACAGGGUCACUUAGUGCAUUUCAAGCAUUUAGCAUGGUGUCCGCUCUCUAAUUGAAGUAGUUCUCAUUCGAUAAUCGCCAAAGUUGGUCAGAAGUUGUAUCUAGACAAUAUUUAGGUCAAGUUCGAAUAUUGGUCAUGCCGGGUCAAAAACUAGGUCACAGGGUCACUUAAACCAUCUCAAGCAUUUAGCAUGGUGUCCGCUCUCUAAUUGAAGUAGUUUUCAUCCGAUCUUCACCAAAUUUGGUCAGAAGUUGUGUCUAGGCAAUAUAUACAUGUAGGUAAAGUUCAAAUAUGGGUCAUGCAAGGUUAAAAACUAGGUCACGAGGUCACUAAGUGCAUUUCAAGCAUUUAGCAUGGUGGACGCUCUCAAAUUAAAGUAGUUUUUAUCAGAUUUCACCAACUUUGGUCAGAAGUUGUGUCUAGAUGAUAUGUAGGUCAAGUUUAAAUAUGGGUCAUGGUAAAGUUAUCAAGUUGUCAAAAGCCUUAAAACGGGCGUAUUUUGUGACAGUUUGGCACUCUUGUUCCUUAUAUGGCUAUAUAUGGCUUUAGUAAAACCUUGUUAACAAUCUAGAGGCACAUUUAUUGUCCAAUCUUCUGAAAUUUGGUCAGAAGAUUGUUCUCAAUGAUAUCUUGGAUUAGUUUGAAAAUGAUUAGGUUUUCUUGAAAAACAGGGCUGCCAAGGGGCGGGUCAUUUUUCUUUAUAUGGCUAUAGUGAAAUCUUGUUAACACUCUACAGGCCAUAUUUAUUGUCCGAUCUUAAUGAAACUUGGUAAGAAGAUUCAUCCCAAUGAUAAUUUGGACAAGUUCAAAAAUGAUGCUGGAUGAUUGAAAAAUAAUGCUGCCUGGGGGUGGGGCAUUUUUCCUUAUAUGGCUAUUGUAAAACAUUGUUAAUACUCUAGAGGCCACAUUUAUUUUUCGACCUUCAUGAAACUUGGUCAGAAGAUUAGUCUCAAUGAUAUCUUGGAUGAGUUUGAAAAUGGUUUCGGUUGCUUUAAAAACAUGGCCACUAGGGGUAGGGGCAUUUUUCCUAAUAUGGCUAUAUAUAUCGCUUUAGUAAAGCCUUAACACUCUAGAGGCCACAUUUAUUGUCCAAUCAUCAUGAAACUUGGUCUCAAGAUUUGUACCAAUGAUAUCUUGGAUGAGUUCGAAAAUGGUUCCAGUUGCGGAAAAACAUGGCCGCCAAGGGGGCGUGUCAUUUUUCCUUAUAUAGCCAUAGUAAAACCUUGUUAACACUCUAGAAGCCAUAUUUAUUGUCCAAUCAUCAUGAAACUUUGUCAGAAGAUUUGUCCCAAUGAUUUCUUGGAAAAGUUCGAAAAUGGUUCCAGUUGCUUGAAAAACAUGGUCACCAGGGGGCGGGCAUUUUUCCUUAUAUGGCUUCAUGAAUCUUCAUGAAACUUUGUCAGAAUAUUUGUGCAAAUGAUAUCUUGGAUAUGUAUGAAAAUGGUUCUGGUCUGUUCAAAAACAUUGCUGCCAGGGUGUUCACUAGUCAUGAAAGUUGGUAAGAAUAUUUUGUUCUAUUGACAUCUUGGGCUGCACAGAACAGGUUAGUUCCUUUGAAUCUGGGGUGAGCGACUUCUGGCCUUUCAGGCCCUCUUGUAUAUAUAUGUUUGUUAAUUUUAAGUGCCCUAUAUAAAUAUCCAGUUUGAAAAGAAAUAAAUUUAAAAAAGAG